AUGGCUCUGAAGCCAUUGCUGAGCAUCACCCAUAUUUGCAAAGCCUCUGCAACUUUAGUCGUCCAAGAUCUUUUGGCUUCUUCUGAUGAGCUGACCUUGGAGGAGAUCAACCAGGAUCCCAGGCUCUUACCCAAUAUCACCCUGGGCUACAACCUCUAUGAGAACCAUUAUGAUGCAAGGAUGACUUCCGAUGCCAUGCUAGAACUGCUUGCAGGUGGGGAAAGCAAUAUUCCAAACUAUAACUGUGGAAAAUGGAAUAACCUGCUGGCUGUUCUUGAAGGGGCCAAUUCUGUCAUCUCAAAAGAGAUUUCAGCCAUGUCAGACAUCUACAAAACUCCACAGAUCAGUUAUGGAUUCAAUGCUCAAGUUCUUGAUGAUAAAGCCCAGUUCCCUUUUGUCUACCGGAUUAUCCCCAAAGAAGAAUCUCAAUGCUGGGCGAUUGUCAAAUUGCUCCUGCAUUUUGGAUGGACGUGGAUUGGCAUCUUUGCUCCAGAUAAUGACAAUGGAGAAAGAUUCCUGAGUGUCCUAACACCUCUGAUGAUCAACAAUGGAAUUUGUAUUGCCUUAAUAGAAAGAUUAGCAGAAAAUAAUCCAUACCAAACACUCAAGCCAAAGGUAUCAUUCGCAUUAUGGACACAAGUCAGUGUGUUUGUUUACUAUGAAAACACUUACGUGGGAUGGACUCCAGUCAUGGCACUAGAAAAAACACUUGAGAAAGAAGUUGGAAGAAGAGUCUGGAUUGCAACAGGUUUUCAGGACAUCAACUUGAGCUUGUCCACUCUUCCUGAAUACUACCAGUACAUCCAUGGCUCUUUGUCCUUUGUAAUGAAUAUCAACAAAAUGACCAAUCAUGGCAACUAUGAGCCAAGUUCCUACCAUCUUUAUCAGUUUUGGAAGAAGGCAUUUCAAUGUUCAUAUUCAAAGCACAUGCUGUCUGUGAAAGGUCGGACAAGAUGCACAGAGAAGGAGAAACUGGAGACUUUGCCCCAAGAGGAGCUUGAGAGAGCCCUGUCUCAAGACAGCUACAUCAUUUACUUCAAUGUUCAUGCUGUGGCACACACCUUAAAUGCUGCAUAUUCAGCCAGAUCAAGGUGGAUGUUGACUGUGGGUGGAAGAGCCAGUCUGGAACAUCAAAGGCUACAGCCAUGGCAGCUUCACCAUUUCUUAAGAGAAAUCCAAUUUUCAAAUACUUCCAUAGCUGGACUGUAUUUAGAUAUGAAUGGGGAGCUGCCAGGCAGUUAUGAUAUUGAGAACUGGGUGAUGUUUCCUAAUGAGUCUCGUGUUAGAGUGAAAAUUGGAAGUGUUGAUAGAGAGGCAUCAACUGACAGAAAAUUCACAAUUAGCCCGGAAGCUAUUGAAUGGCCCAAGCGGUUUAACAAGACUGUGCCCCACUCCAGGUGUACUGAAAGCUGUCACCCUGGAUACAAGAAGGUAGUUCAAGAAGGGGAACCGGUUUGCUGCUAUGCUUGUGCUCCGUGUGCAGAAGGGACCAUCUCCACUCAGGAAGAUGCAGAGCAUUGUAGCAAAUGUCCAGAAGAUCAACAUCCAAACAAGGACCAAAACCAGUGUGUCCCCAAGAUUAUUACUUUCCUGUCCUAUGAAGAAUCUCCGGGGAUCCUCCUGGCUUCCUUUGCCCUAUUCUUGUCCUUAACCACAGGCUUUGUUUUAGGAAUCUUCAUUAAAUACCUAGAAACUCCAAUAGUCAAAGCCAACAACCGGGACCUCUCCUAUAUACUCCUUGUCUCCCUCCUACUUUCCUUUUUGUCCUCCUUCCUCUUCAUUGGCCAGCCAAGGAAAGCCUCCUGCCUUCUCCAGCAAACAGCUUUCAGCAUCAUCUUCUCAGUUGCUGUUUCUUCUGUCUUGGCAAAAACCAUCACUGUGGUGCUGGCCUUCCUGGCAACAAAGCCAGGGAACAGGGUGAGGAGAUGGCUAGGGAAGAGUCUGGCCAACUCCAUUGUCAUUUCCUGUUCUAGUGUCCAAGUUGUCAUCUGCCUCUUCUGGCUGGGGAUCUCUCCCCCAUUUCCAGAAUCUGACAUGCACUCUCAGUCUGGAGAGAUCAUCAUGCAAUGCAGCGAGGGGUCUACUGCCAUGUUUUAUGGUUCCCUUGGCUAUAUGGGCUUCCUGGCUGCCAUCUGCUUUACGGUGGCUUUCCUUGCCAGGAAGCUGCCUGGAGCCUUCAAUGAAGCCAAACUGAUCACCUUCAGCAUGCUGGUCUUCUGCAGUGUUUGGGUCUCCUUUGUGCCCACCUACCUGAGCACAAAGGGGAAAUACAUGGUAGCCGUGCAGGUCUUCUCUAUCUUGGCCUCCAGUGCUGGCCUUCUGGGCUGCAUUUUCAUUCCCAAGUACUACAUUAUUGUAUUUAGGCCAGAUCUGAAUACAAAGGAGCAUCUAACAACAAAAACAUUAUGA